GGGCUCGCUCGGCUCAUUCGAGCACCAGACGACCGCCGAAAAGGUAUCCGAAAGCACACAGCAGAAGAUCUCCCGCCGUAGAUACGGAAUCAGGUGGCAAUGCAAACGCUGGAAGACAACGACAGUCAGCUCAUUUUGGUGCAGCAGAAUCUCCGAACACUGCCCCUGGAGCUGGUCAAGCGCCAUGGGGAGCACGUGGAGCUGCUGGACCUGAGCCACAACUGCCUGAAGGAUCUAUCCUGGCUGGCGGAGUUCGAGCAGCUGCGUCACUUGGUGCUGGACAACAAUCGGCUGCACGAGGCGCAAAUACGGACACUGACACAGCCCCUGCCCCAGCUGGAGGUGCUCAUGUUGAACAAGAACGAGUUCAGUGACCUGCCCUCAACAAUGCGGCUGAUCCGACGACUUUUCCCCAACCUACAGUACCUGAGCCUCCACGGCAAUCCAAUAUGUCCAGAUGGCCUCGAGCUUCAGCCCUUCUCCGGCUACUUGCGCUACGACUACGACUACUACAGCAAUUACAUUGCACAGUCGCUGAGCAAACUGAAAUUUCUGGAUCAUGGUCUGGUGCAACGCACCUAUCAGUACGAGAGUUUUCCCAUCGCAAGCUACGGCAAACCACUGAUAAAAACAACGAGCUUUUGAUAAGACAAGGAUUUCCUUUAAUGGAAUCUUUUAAAAGGAAUUUUUUGACU